AUGUACAAGCACUUUGAAGAUAAUCGUUAUCACUACCUUAUUUUAGAGUUAUGUUCUCACGACACAUUGGGCCACCUGAUCAAAAACCGCAAAUACUUGACCGAGCCCGAGGUUCAAUAUUUCCUGCUCCAGAUCAUCGACGCUGUAAAAUACCUGCACAACCGCCGUAUCAUCCAUCGAGACCUGAAGCUGGGCAACGUCUUCCUGGAUGACAAUCUGGACGUGAAAGUGGGCGAUUUCGGUCUAGCCACGGAGCUCAGCGAGCCGAACGAGCGCAAGAAGACGAUGUGCGGGACGCCGAACUACAUCGCUCCGGAGAUCUUGGAAUCGGAGGGGAAGCGCGCGUACUCCUACGAAGUGGACAUCUGGGCGAUCGGCGUCAUCACCUACACGCUCCUCAUCGGCAAGGCGCCGUACGACGGCGGCAGCCGGAAGAGCACCUACGAGAACAUUCGUCAGAACGACUUCAGCUUCCCCAUCAAGGACCGGUUCGUGAGCCAUCAAGCGCGCAUGUUCAUCCGCUCCAUUCUCACCACCGACCCUGCGUCGCGCUUGUCGCUCGACCAGAUGCUCCAGCACCCCUUCUUCACCGAUUCGCCCAUCAGUCCGCCCAAAUCGCUCCCUCCCUACAUCCUCUACCAGCCCUACCUCCUCACCUCGCGCCCCGCCACCGAGCCCACGCCCGUCCUCCAGCGCGUCCACCGCUCCACGUCCUCCAGCGACUCCGCGGCCGACCCAUCCAGCAGUCCGCAGCCCGUUGCUUGCCUCACCUCCAGCCGACCCCGCCAGCAAACGCGUCCGCAUGACGGACCUCGCGAAGCCGCUGCCGCUCGCGGAAGGGAAGCCGCACUCGCGUGUGGCGACGCUGCACGCGCAGGGCGAGCCGGGCGUGAACUACAACUUCGACUACGACGGGAACGGGAAGAACAACAUCAACCGGUUCUCGCUGACGGCGCACCAGGCGCGCGGAAUGGACGACCGGCUGGAUCUGGCCAACCAGACCUUCCUCGAAGCGCACGGGCUCACCGCCAAGGAGACCUUCGAGGGGCUGCCCGAGGGCACGGUGCCGACGUUCCUGGGACGCCGAUGCUGAUCGGACACGCGGCGAAUCUGCACACGGCGAUGCAUCAUCCGCUGCUGAUGAAGAACGCGGACGCGAUCAGCACGACGCGCACAGCGAACUGGAUCGUGGACGAGUACGAUUUCACGCGCAAGUACGGAAUCGCGUAUAUGUUCAGCAACGGCCUCAUCGGCGUGCUCUUCAACGAUAAAACAUCGAUCGUGGUGAGUUCGAACGGACUGUACUACGAGUAUCACCCUCGCAUCUCCAUCAAGGAGUGGAAUCGCUCGCAGCAGUUUCCUCCGCUUUACAAGGGGUCGAUCGACGACUUCCCCGCGGAGAUCUCCAAGAAAAUCACGCUGGUGAAGUAUUUCCGCACCACGUUCCACGAGCGUGCGAACAACCGCGAGAUCUCGAAGGAGGAGCUGGAGGACAUCGCAAAAGGCGGGCCGGCGAAGAAUUUGCCGUUCGUAAUCAAAUGGCUCAUCAAAGAGGAGGCGUCGAUCAUCAUGCUGAGCACGGGAGCGAUCCAGGUGCGGUAUGAGGGAGGAACGAUUCUGAAUCUGGAGUGUCCGUUUGAUGAUGUUACGUACUUGGACAAGUUUGGGAUGAUUACGGCGGUGCCGUUGGCGAAGGCUGUGGGGUUGGGGAGAGAUGAUCUGAAACGACGUCUUGACUAUGUCACAAAUAAUAUUACCGAUAUUGUGACUACGCUAAGUCGAAAUCACUAA